UGAUGGCACAGUUAUAGUGAAGUAGAAGGGCUUUCUAGUUCACUGUAGUACAGUCAAAGCUGGUCCUUUAUUCUAUGGUAGAGUCUGUACAGUCGUGCAGUGAGCUACUGAUGGCAGCCUUGUGACUGUUAAGAAGUUGAAGUCGCUAGAAGUCGCGUCUCGGCGCGGCUGUAAAGCAUGUACUGUUCCGAGUGGUUCCGAGCACAGGCAAGAUAACGCAGUGAUCACAUUUGAAGAGCUGUUCAAAAUUCUCGACGACAGGUACUGCGAUGUUUUACUAUAAUUAAACUAACCAUUUUGCUACUGUGGGCAAAGACGGUCAAGAUGGUCAAAGAGCAGUUCCGCGAGGCGGACACCUCCAUGAAAAUAGCCAACAUCAGUUUCGGCGUUCUCAACGCGAACGACAUCCAGCAGCUCAGCCAUGUGCACUGCGUCAGCAAGAACCUCUAUCAGCGAGAAUCUCUGCACAAGUCUGUGCCGUAUGGCGUUUUGGACAACAAGCUCGGUACGAGCCAAAAGGACAAGAAUUGCGAGACAUGCGGCAAGGGCCUCACCGACUGCGUCGGCCACUUUGGCCAGGUGAGCCUGGAGAUGCCCGUGUUUCACGUCGGCUAUUUCAAAGCAGUCUACAGCAUCCUACACACCGUGUGCAAGACGUGCGCGCGUGUCAUGUUGCCUCCAGCUGACCGGGCCCGUUUUCUCGACAUGGUGCAGCGCCCGUCAACCUCCUUCCUGACGAAGAAGUCGUUGCACAAGAGAAUAGUCGAGAUGUGCCGCAAGCAGGCGAGCUGCCCGUACUGCGGCGUCGUCAACGGCCAAGUGAAGAAGUGCAGCCUGCUCAAGUUCGUGCACGAGCGCCUAAAGGCUCACAAGAAAAACGAAAACGUCAUCAAAGACCUCCAGGAUGAUUACCAGGAAGCCCGCGGCUACAAUCCCGAGAUCGACACGGUGAUCAACAAAGUGACCAGCGAUAUUCUCAACCCGCUCGUCGUUCGCGACCUGCUCCGCAGGAUACCGGAUGAGGACGUGCCGCUGCUGCUGAUGGACGCGCGCUGUGGACGUCCUGAAGACCUAGUGCUCACGCACAUUCCAGUGCCGCCACUCUGUAUUCGGCCGUCGGUCGUGUCUGCGCUGAAGGCGGGCACGAAUGAGGACGACGUGACGGUGAAGCUGACCGAGAUCAUAUUCCUGAACGACGUGAUCCAGAAGCAUCGCACCACCGGCGCCCGGAUGCAGAUGAUCAUGGAGGACUGGGACUUCCUCCAGCUCCAGUGCGCGCUCUACGUGAACAGCGAGACGAGCGGCAUCCCGCUCAACAUGCAACCCAAGAAACCCACCCGCGGCUUUGUUCAGAGGCUGAAAGGAAAGCAUGGUCGCUUCAGGGGAAACCUCUCGGGCAAGAGGGUGGACUUCUCGGGCCGCACGGUCAUCUCGCCCGAUCCAAAUCUGCGCAUUGACGAGGUUGGUGUACCAGUUCACGUAGCCAAGAUCCUCACCUACCCGGAAAGAGUCACGCAAUACAACCUUGAGCUGAUGAGGCAGCUCAUCCGCAAUGGCUGUGAUGUUCAUCCUGGUGCAAAUUUUCUGGAGUGCCGAGGUUCUGGCUUCAAGCGUUUCCUGCGCUAUGGCAACCGAGAACAGCUGGCCCAGCAACUUCGGCCAGGCGACACUGUUGAACGGCACCUCAGGGAUGGUGAUGUUGUGCUGUUCAACCGGCAGCCUUCACUGCACAAGCUCAGCAUCAUGGCUCAUGUCGCAAAGGUGUUGCCUCAUCGAACCUUCCGGUUCAAUGAGUGCGUCUGCACGCCCUACAACGCUGAUUUUGACGGGGACGAGAUGAACCUCCACCUACCCCAGACAGAGGAGGCACGUGCCGAAGCCCUGGUGCUAAUGGGAACACGUGCGAACCUAGUGACGCCACGAAAUGGCGAGCCUCUCAUAGCUGCCAUUCAGGACUUCAUCACUGGUGGCUACCUUAUCACUCAGAAGGACGUCUUCCUGGAUAGAGCCAAAGCUUGUCAGCUGGCGUCCUGUAUGCUUGCUGGCAAGGACACCAACAUGAGUGUCGAGCUCCCGCCACCAGCUAUUCUAAAGCCAGUGUGCUUGUGGACAGGCAAGCAAAUCUUCAGCUUGAUCAUGCGUCCCAGUCGCUCAUCUCCAGUGAUGGCCUGCCUACGAGCCAAGGGGAAGUCAUACACAUCGGGAGAAGAGAUGUGCAUCAACGAUGCAUACGUCCUAAUCCGCAACAGUGAACUGCUCAGUGGAACAAUGGACAAGGGCACCAUGGGGUCUGGUUCAAAGAACAACAUUUUCUACAUUCUUCUUCGGGACUAUGGCGACCAGUACGCUGCAGACGCCAUGUGGAGGCUGGUGCGCCUCACUGCCUACUAUAUUCAAAAUCGAGGAUUCUCCAUUGGCAUAGGUGACGUGACUCCGGGUGCUGGCCUUAUAAAGGCAAAGCAGGACCUGGUGAGUGCCGGCUAUGCCCGCUGCGAAGAAUACAUCCAGCAGUUGAAGUGUGGCAAGCUUCAAGCUCAGCCUGGUUGCAAUGAGGAGGAGACUCUGGAGGCAGUGUGUCUGAAGGAGCUCUCUGUUGUGAGAGACCACGCAGGCAAGGCCUGCCUGCGCGAGUUGCACAAAACCAACAGCCCGCUCAUUAUGGCAGUGUGUGGAUCCAAAGGGUCCUUCAUCAACAUCAGCCAGAUGAUUGCUUGUGUCGGACAGCAAGCCAUCAGUGGUCAUCGUGUCCCCAACGGCUUCGAGGACAGGUCGCUGCCUCACUUCGAGAAGCACGACCGCUCCCCUCAGGCACGAGGCUUUGUGGAGGACAGCUUUUACUCGGGUCUCACUCCAACCGAGUUCUUCUUCCACACAAUGGGAGGUCGAGAGGGGCUUGUCGACACAGCUGUGAAGACUGCUGAGACAGGCUACAUGCAGCGACGCUUGGUCAAAUCCCUGGAAGACCUCUGCUGCCAUUAUGACAGAUCGGUGCGCAACUCAUGCGGUGAAAUCGUCCAGUUUUGCUAUGGAGCUGAUGGGUUGGAUCCUGCCUCCAUGGAAGGCAAGGAGGACAAUCCUGUCGACUUUGGGAGAGUCAUGGAAGUGACACGAGCUCGGAACCCUCACAGGGAGGAGCCACCACUUGACAUGGAUGGGAUUUUGCAGCUUUCCGAGGAGAUUCUGGGCAGCCAGGAUAUGAGUGCAUGUGGAGAAAGCUUUCGAAACGAUCUCGAAGAUUUUCUGAACACUUACGCUAAAGGUGUUGCAGAGACGCAUGCACUGUACAAAGUCAAGGAAAAGAACAUUCCAGUGCUGAAGCAGCUGAACCGGUUGACAUCAUCGCAGCUGCGCAGCUUCUUUGAUACCUGUCGAGAAAAAUAUCUGCGUUCUGUCAUGGAACCUGCCACUGCUGUCGGAGCUGUGUGUGCACAGAGCAUUGGAGAGCCGGCCACGCAAAUGACGCUGAAGACAUUCCACUUUGCUGGAGUUGCUUCUAUGAAUAUUACUCAAGGCGUGCCUCGGAUAAAGGAAAUCAUCAAUGCCAGCAAGUCAAUCAGCACGCCAAUCAUCACGGCUGCCCUGAUGAAUGACAAAGAUGCCGAGUUUGCCCGGUGUGUCAAGGGUCGCAUUGAGAAAACCUUGCUGGGCGAAGUGUCGGAGUACCUGGAGGAAGUCUUUCUGCCUGAUGACUGCUUUGUGCUUGUAAAGCUUGACAUAGACCGAAUUCGGCUGCUGCAGCUGGAGGUUACAGCAGACACAAUCAGUUACUCAAUAUCAACAUCCAAGCUUCGCAUCAAGAGCCAAAACAUUAAGGCCCUUGGUGCCUCCUUGCUGACUGUUCGACCCACUGCCAGUUCCAAGGCAUCCUUGUACUAUGCAUUGCAGAAUUUAAUGGAACAGCUACCAAAGGUCGUUAUCAAGGGCAUCCCGAGCAGCUCGCGGGCAGUCAUUCAUGCUGAUGACUCGCUUGGGGGCACCAGGUACCGGCUUCUCGUGGAAGGGGAUGGCCUGCGGGAGGUGAUUGCCACCUAUGGUGUCAAGGGCACGCAUACAUCCUCCAACAACACCUCAGAGGUAGAGAAGACGCUCGGCAUUGAAGCUGCUCGAGCCACAAUUAUCCGGGAGAUUGGCAUCACAAUGGCAAGCCAUGGAAUCAGCGUGGAUCGCAGGCAUCUUAUGCUUCUUGCGGAUCUGAUGACUUUCAGAGGAGAGGUUCUCGGCAUUACACGACAUGGCUUGGCACGGAUGAAAGAAAGUGCGCUCAUGUUGGCCUCAUUUGAGAAGACAGCGGACCAUUUGUUUGAUGCUGCCUACUAUGGGCAGACAGACGAGAUCUCUGGAGUCAGUGAGAGCAUCAUCCUAGGUGUCCCUAUGGCCAUUGGCACAGGCUUUUUUGACUUGGUGCACAAAGUGGACUGGCAGCCUUUGGCCGCACCACGCAAGCUUGUCUUUGAUCGCAGUGAAUUUCACAUUAAACUCGGUGAAGAGUGAUAAAAGAAAUUUUUACCUGAUGUAAAGUGGUUAUAACUUAUUUUGUUGUAGGAAUCUUUUUAUCAGCAACAGUCAUUAUGUAGAUUCAAAAAUAAGAAGUCUUGAAUCAGAUAUGUGUUGAACAUUGGUUCAGUGGGGGCUGCUCUAGUUAUGCAUGUGACUAUGAUUGGAAAAGUGAAAGGUAAAGUGCAAGCUCUUGGCCUUACUGUGGUCGUUUACAAUAAAUGUAGAGUACUAACAGUG